AUGUCGCUGCUAUCCAUCAGGGAAGGGGAGUCUGGCAACCACCACCAUCACCACAACAAAGCCAAGAAGGAACCGAGCUCCAGCAAGGCGCUUCUCUUUGAGAAGGUCAAGGAAGCCGAAGAACGGCUCGUCCGUUCCGGGAGUGACGCCGUCGAAGAGAGCCUGGUCAUCAUCAGCCCGCACGGGCUCAACCCCAAGGUCAAGCGCUUGGUGCUCAAGCCCUACUGCCUCACGAUCCUCGGCUACAAGACCGGUAAGUUCAACCGGCAGUGGCCGCUGGAGGACAUUGUCAAGGUCAAGCGUCAUGCCAUCAACCAUAACUGCUUCACCGUCACCUGCCUGGAGCGAAAGAAGAAGAAGAUCAAGAACCAGCGGUACAGCUUCGAGGUCAAGAGCGAGAUCGAGUGCUGGCGCUGGAUCGAGGUGCUCACGGCCGCCACGUCGGCCGUGCUCAACGAGCAGAACAAGUCGUCGGCCGGCAGCCAGCUGAACCCCAGCGACAGCGGCACGCUAAAGCGCAGCCGCUCGACGUCGGCUCCGCCCGCCAUGGCGCCACCGCUCAUGCGCGGCCAGUCGCUGAACGCCAAGACGGCCGAGACGGACGAGGACGAGGACGAAGAGAACGAUCCCUACGCCGACGAGCAGUCGGACGACGACGAAGACGACAGCAGGCCGAUGUACCACCACCACCACGGUGCGGCGCAGCACAAGGAGAAGGAUAUGGAGCCGGCUCAGCGGAAGGGGCUCCAUUCGGUCGCGUUUGCGGCCGACGCUCAGCAGAAGGACAACUGGGCGCACUUCCAGCCCAGCGGCGCGAGCAUCACGCCACCGGGCACGCCGAUGAGGAAUGUUAACUAUGCUGCGCCCGCCACGGUCACCUUCAACCCCUUCGCUCCGGCCUCGGGCCAGCAGCCCGCUCAGCCCAUCAGCCCCUACGCGGCCCACCAGGUCCAGGCCCAGCAACAGUCGCAGCCGCAGCUUCAACAGCAACAUUCGCAGCCUCAGCUCCAGCAGCAACACUCGCAGCCGCAGCUUCAGCAGCUUCCGCCCAUGCAGCCCAUGAACCACCAGCAGGCCUUCCACAUACAGCAACAGCAGCAGCACCUCCAGCAGCAGCAGCAGGCGUCGCACAGCUUCCCGUACUCGCCGGUCGCUCAGUCGCUCGCAUCGCCUCCCUCCUCGCUGAACCACAUGUCGCCGCCGUCCUCCAGCGCUGCCGCGCAGCACAAGGCUGCCGACGCUCCCAAGAGCGCGUCCGCUGUCUACAUCACCACCAUGUCGCCGCCUGCUCAUAUGCGCAUCGUGCAAGAUCUCGGACUCCUGAGCGCCACCGGCAGCGCGGCCGCGCCCACGAACCCGACCCAGUGCGGCGCGCAGGUCGAAGCCGCGCUUCAGGCCGCCAGGCAGGAGCUCUCCCUGAGGGCUGCCUCGCGAGGGGCCAACGCAGUCUUCCAAACUUCAUUCAGCACUGCGUUCCAUCAGUGGGGCGUGACGGUCCUCGCCUGCGGCACGGCGUGCGUGGCCACCAUGGUCACCAACUGA